AUGAGGUUUGGGUGGUUGGAGUUUUUGGUGCUCUGGUGGGAUGUGGGAGUGGUUUGCGGAGAGGAAAUGUGGAGAGGAGUGAGGGUGUUUGCGAUGCGGUCGGGUGGCGUCACCUCAACUGCAGAGAGCUCAGCCACUAUCGGGAACCUGAAAAAGAAGGAUAUAUUAAUACCUCCGGUUCCGUCACCGCUGGUGCAAAGCCACAGAAGCGCAGCGCCCGGUAGGUCUGUACAACGCAGCCUCUGCCCAGCUUUCUCGCAGCGCCAGGUUUGCGAGGAAGAGGGCGGUUGGGAGACAGGCCGCGACAAGAAGGGAAAUACUAGUGCUUUACAGCAUAAGGACAAUUCAACUUUGUGCGGUAGCGCAGUGAAUUUCUCGAUGGGGAGGAAGAGCAUCUUUGACGUUGUACCGCUGGGCAUCUUUGACGUUGUACCGCUUAAGAACUACUUAUGCGUUCAUGGUAAUACAGUGGGUCUCUCAGGAAGGGUGGGAGUGAGUUGGGAGGUGGUAGAAUCCGUCAGCAACGCCAAGGCCCCUGCACAUCAACUUGCGGUCUUAGAGGAUUUUACACCGCUCAAGCCGCUGGCGUGCUUUCUGCGCCUCGACACCAAACUGCCGGCAGUUUGUCCCACGAAGGACCCGUCAAAAUUAAUUAUACGAGGGGUCAGCGGACAGUUUAAGUCAGGCGAAUUAACGGCAAUACUGGGUCCUUCUAGUGCUAGAAAAUCGACGCUUCUUAAUAUCCUUACGGGUUAUAAAUGCACGGACCCGAACCUCACGGAAGCAAUGACAUUCGCCGCCGACCUGAAGCUUGGCAAAAGAAAAUCCCGAUUUGAGCAAGUCGUUAUCAUAGACGAGAUUCUGAAUACUCUCAGAUUGUCUGCUUCACGAAGCACAACCUCGGAGAAACUGUCCGGUGGCGAAAAGAAAAGGCUGAUGAUCUUUCUCGAGCUAGUCAAUAAUCCACCGAUUAUCUUUCUUGAUGAACCGACCAAAUAA